AUGGAUGAAAGAUCAAAUUUAUCCACACCUAAAUCAAGUCGAGAAGGACGACCAUUACGUCGACGUGGUGUUUCCUUUAAUGUUCUACCACUUCGCGAAGAACCAAUACCGAUUCCUCCAUCUGAAGCACCUAUUCUUGUUGAUUAUUCUUCAAUUCGUGAACGUAAACAACUCAAUUUAAGUAAUUUUCUUGAUUCAGACAAUCCGAUUACUUUCUUUCUAUUUACUUUUUGGCAUUCUGUACGUUUUUUUGCUCGACUCUUAAUAUUACCAUUUAUUUUUAUUAAAUAUCUCUAUUUUUUAACGUUACGAGUCUAUGGUGUAAGACGUCCAACUAAAUCAACAACAACAACAACAAGUGAUCUUUCUUCAGUCUCAUUAUUACAAUCGUCAACAUCACAACAAAGACCUAUUGUUUGGAUAUUAAUAUUAAUUGAUUAUAUUGUUAUUCAAUUAACUAGAUUACCAGAUACUGUUAAACAUACAAUCUAUUCCAUACAUAAACAUAUUGAUGGAACUGUUUUAAAAUCAUUCAAUCUUAUUGAUGCAUGUACUAGUCAUCAAAUAACGAAAACGUAUUCCAUGUUUAAAAGUAUAGUCAUUAGAAAAAGUAGUCAUUUAAAAUCGGAAACAAAAAGAUAA